AUGAGAUAUUCGUACCAGGAAAUGGCAGAAAACAGCAAUUUCUCGAGCUCAGCUGAUGAAAAGCCCUCUAGUGCUGAAAAGCCUCAGACCCUACUUAUCUCAGCAGACUGCGACGAAGCCCGUUCAUCCACAUCAUCGGGUCCGUCACGAGCUCGCGUCAUGGAAUUGGAACGGCUUGUCAGCAGCAUUCCGCCACGAAGGAGCCGCAACGCACCGACGCCGUCGGAAGACGAUGAACUGACGUCAAACACCGUCGACAAUUCGUUGCUUGAAUCUAUGGCGUACCGGCCAUGUUUCUGUCCAUUGUACGCACCAUGUAUUGGCAGGUGCCACCGAUUAUUCCGAUACUGGUAA